UUUAGGUUGCAUUCCUUGCUUUUCAUUCACGAGGACUAACAUUAACAUAUAUUGAUUACUCCUAUAGUUCAUAUAAUCUAAAGUCGACGGUGUUAAAACUUAUAAUACGCUAUGUCGUCGGUCCUAAAAGCAGGAAGCCGGCCACCAUGGGUAGGUCUUGCAGCUGCCGUUUGGGUCCAGAUCGCAUCGGGCACCACCUACUGUUUCCCUCUGUAUUCCGAGAGUCUGAAAUCCGUACUGGGUCUUUCUCAACAACAGCUUACGAUACUUGGUGUUGCUAAUGAUCUUGGGGUAAGUGUUGGUAUUCAUCCGGGCAUUGCUUCUAACAAAUACCCACCUUGGGUUGUUCUUUUGGUAGGUGUUGUUGCUUCUUUCUUUGGUUUUGGUGUCAUUUGGCUUGCUGUUAGUCAGACCCUUCACAACAUGCCUUACUGGAUUUUGUGGCUUGCCCUCGUCGUUGCUACUAACAGCGGCGCGUGGAUGGGGACGGCUGUGCUUGUUACCAACAUGAGGAAUUUCCCACUCAAUAGAGGCACAAUUGCUGGCCUUCUCAAAGGUUAUGUUGCCUUAAGUGCUGCAGUGUUCACUGAGGUUUACACUAUGGUCUUAAAAGGAUCAGCUUCUUCUUUACUAUUGUUUUUUACACUCGGGAUUCCUGUCGUAUGCUGUCUUUUAAUGUACUAUGUUAGACCUUGUACUCCAGCUUAUGAAGCCGACCCAUCAGAAACCGCCCAUUUUCUUUUCACUCAAGGGGCUAGUGUUGUGCUUGCAGUCUUUCUUUUAACCACCACGAUACUAAAGGACGUUUUCACCAUAAGUAACGCGUUAUCAUACACGUUUAUUGGGAUAAUGAUGGUUCUUUUGAUGGCUCCUCUUGCCAUUCCUGUUAAAAUGACUCUAUUUCCUUCUAACAAGAAACUUAACCCGCCAGCUGGCUCCUCUUCGGAUAAUUUGAUUGUAACCGAUCCAUUGCUGACUAAGUCUACUUCAGAACCGAACGUUACAAAUAUUAAUGAUGGUGAUGAUAUUUCUGAGGUGGAUGAGCUUCUUGCUGUUGGUGAAGGGGCGGUUAAAAUAAAAAAGAAAACAAGGCCUAGAAGAGGUGAAGACUUCACAUUUCGUGAAGCGGUUGUGAAAGCCGAUUUUUGGCUUUUAUGGUUGGUUUAUUUUCUUGGCGUUGGCUCGGGUGUUACUGUUCUUAAUAAUCUUGCCCAAAUUGGUGUUUCGCUUGGGUUUAAUGAUACAACAACUUUGUUGAGUUUAUUUAGUUUUUGCAAUUUUCUGGGCCGGCUUGGAGGCGGGGCUGUUUCUGAAUACUUUGUGAGGUUAAAAAUGAUUCCUCGUACGUUUUUGACAAUGGUGACGCAAAUAAUAAUGGUGAUGACGUAUCUUUUAUACGCAUCGGCUCUUAAUGGGACGUUAUAUGUUGCAACGGCAUUGCUUGGGAUUUGUUAUGGUGUGCAAUUUGGUGUUAUGAUUCCAACUUCGUCCGAGCUUUUUGGAUUGAAAAACUUUGGUUUAAUAUAUAAUUUCAUGGGUUUAGGAAACCCGAUAGGUGCUCUUUUAUUCUCUGGGAUGCUCGCGGGUUAUGUAUAUGAUACAGAGCAAGCUAAGCAAGGUGGGUCCACGUGCAUGGGCCCGGAUUGUUUCAGGGUCACCUUCUUUGUUCUUGCGGGUGUGUGUAGUCUAGGUGUAAUCUUGAGCUUAAUCUUAACCAUUAGGAUCAGGCCCGUUUACCAAAUGCUUUAUGCUAGUGGAUCGUUUCGUUUGUCACAAAGCUCGGAUCAUUGAGGACUAGGGAUCUGUUUGACUUGGUUAAGAAAAGUGUUUAUGUUUUUGUGUGAUCAUCUUGAAAGUCAUAGGUAAAUUAGCCUUAGUUUUGUUGAAAUGUAAUGAUGAUGCAUAAUUAACCUAUGACAUAUAGUAUAAGCCUUGUUUUAGA